UUACAUUUAAUAUUUAAUAUUUAUAUAACAUAAUUUUAAGGGUUUUUUUAGUCUAAGGAUUUUGUAGUAGUGUUUAGUUCUAAUUAUAUGUAUGCACUAAAGGAUUAAGCUGAUGGCCUUGGUAGCCAAUGCUCUUAAUAAAAAAAAAAAAAAAAAAUCAAAAUAUCCGUUACGGGCUGAGUGAUACUUAAAAUUAAAAAUAAUUGAUAAAUAAACAAGCAAAAAUGGCAGAAUUUGCAACUCCCGUUAAGAAAAAUGAGACUACAAUUACGAUACCACCAUCACCGUUUCUCAGCCGCCUCGGCUACGGCACAGGUAUGUUACUAUUACAAUUGAAUUACAUGAUUUAGAAAAAAAUAUUCAUCAACAAAAGCGUAUUAUAUAGAAAUUAUUUUCUUUCUAGGCGUAAAUGUAAUGCAAUUAGUUCGAUCACCUCGUGCUGGUCAAAUCCGCUCUCCAUGGGCCCUCAAGAUGCUUAAUAAACGUGUUAAACCCAACAAAGUUUACACCGAACGACUUAAAAUUGAGGCUGAGCUGCUUCAACGUAUGUCGCACCCAAAUAUAGUUGGAUUUAGAGCAUUCAGUAAGACAAAGAUUCUUUAUUUAGGAAUGGAAGCAUGUGAUCUCUCUCUUGGAGAUAUGAUUGAAAAGAGAGUUGAGGAUGAUGCUGGGCCAUUUUCUGUCAAACAUAUAAUAAAGGUAGCUUUAGAUGUUUCUAGUGCACUAGACUACCUGCACACAAAGAUGCAGAUCUUACAUGGUGACUUAAAGUCAUAUAAUGUACUUGUUAAUGGGGAUUUUAUUAUAUGCAAACUUUGCGAUUUUGGUGUCACAGUUCCACUAGACGAAAAUGGUGUGUUGAAUAAGGAAAAAGGUGUAAAAGCUAUUUACUAUGGUACUGAAGCAUGGAGUGCCCCAGAAGUGAUCCAUGGAGGUAUAAUAUCAACCAAGACUGACAUAUGGCCGUUGGGCCUCACACUAUGGGAAAUGAUGUCUCUGAUGCCACCGCAUACUCAAAUUGAUGAUAUAGAUGAGAGCCUUGAAACACUAGAUGACUCCGUUGCCAGUGAGGAGGACUAUUUUUCUGAUAAAUAUGGUAUGAAAAUUAUAUUAAAAGUGAAAUACUUUACUCUCAGUGACUGAUAGAAGAAUGACCCAUCGGUUAUCACUAACAGUUUUUGAUUGCAGAUGCAAUAAGGUAUUAGACUAAUUUUAAAAAAUCCUUCAAAUUAUUUUAUUACUUAAUAAGCACAUAUUUUUGGAAAAUUAACUAUUUUUAUCAACAAAAAUCAAAAGUUUCAAUUUCUGAUGCCGUGUGAAAAACACUGUUUCUGUCUUAUGCUGCUUAUGACAUCA